AAAUAGGAAGGGACUUGGUAGGACAAUUUUGCUGAAAGCCUGACUAAGGAAAGCUGCAUUUGUAUAGCAGGCAGUUUGGGGUUGGGCAGGCAAAACACCUCCAGUUAACCCCAAGAUCGACCACAGGUAGCAUUUACUGAGCAUGUUACUAGGCCAAGUACUUUGCAUGGAUUGACUCACCUAAUCACAACCCUUAGGUAGGUACUGCCCUCAUUAUACAGAAGAGAGAACCAAGGCACGGAGAAACAACGUAAUUAUGUGGGCCACCAGCACAGCAUGGCUGCUAACAGAGUGGUGUAGGUCCACACCCAGGAGCAGAACCCAGGUCACCGAAGUUCCUGAACUUAACCACUAAGCCACCGAGGCUGGCCCCACUGAUCCUUUCUAAGAAAGAAGAAGAGACUUAAGCAAAGUCACAGGCAUGUUCAAGGCAGCAGGGACUCCACCUGGUUCUGGCUCUGGGCCAGGGCUCCCCCUCAGCAUGUAUGCAGCUGCUCCUCAGUUUGGCUGGGAAAAACCGGCCAGAGCCCUUGGCCUUUGGAGUAGAUGUUGCAGUCUCCUCAGUUGCUUCAAAAGAAUACAGCUAAGCUCUCUACCAGACAAAGCCCUUUUGACACAAGCAGUGAAUUGUCCAUUCAUUUAUUCAUCCAACCAUUAAAUAAAUGUAUUGAGCUCCUGCUAUGUUCUGGGCUCCAUUUAUGGCUUAGCUAGAAAUCACCAGGGCCUGAUCACAGGGGAGAGAACUCAUGGAUGCAUAGCAUUGGAGUAUAGAUAGACAACCCCUAAGGGGCUGUCUAUACUUGCUGUCUCCACUCCCCACCGCUCCACUGAAGCCACUUUUGCCAAGUCCACCAGUGACCUCUUAACUUGCCAAAUAUAGUGGUUACUUCUCUGUUCAUUCUGUCUGUCUCUCAGCAGAGGGCACACCUCCCUGGCUCCAGCCAUGGGAGCCAUGCUCACCAAUUUUUGGGACUCCUCCUUCUCUAACCAGCUCAGCCUUGGACUUUCUCUUUUCUGUCUAUACUGUUUCCUGAGGUGAUCUCAUCCAGUCUCAUGGCUUUAAAUACCAUCUAUAUGCUGAUGACUCACAAAUGUAUAUUUCCAGCCCAGCCCUCCCCUCUGAGCUCCAGACUCCUCUACCCAACUUCCUGCUUCAUGUCUCCGUAUCUCCAAAAACAUCUUAAACUCAAUGGAUCCCAAAUGAAGCUCUCAAUUCUCCUACACCGAACCUGCUCCUCCUUUCUGUCACAGUAAGUGGUCUCACAGAGCCUCCAGAUGCUCUGCUCAACACAAAAACCUAGGAAUCCUCUCUAGACCCCUCCCUAUCUCUCUCCUGACAAACUCAUAAUCAAGGCCUGUUGGCUCAAUUUCCACGUAAAUCUCAGCUCCAUCCAUUUCCCUCCCCCUCUGGUGCUGCCCCUUCGUUCAAGCCAACCCCAUGUCUCGCCUGGUUUAUUGCAACACCCUGUGGACUGGUUGAUCUCUCUCUAUUCACUCUUCCUUCAGCAAGAACAAACCAGAACACGCGGAUCCACUACUUAAAACCCUCCAAUGGCUUCCUGUGGCUCCUGUGUGAAUUCUGAACUCACCCUGAUCUGCAAGGCUUUUGCCCAGCCCUGUUCACCUACCCACCUUGGUUCUUCCCACACUCUCCCUUCUUCAGCACACUCCAGCCUUUGCACACACCUCUGUCUAGGCCACUCUUGUCCCCACAACUGACCUGCCUAACUCCUUCCCAUCUUCCAGGUCUUAGUGGAGACCACACUUCCCCUGGGACAUGAACCUGAGCUCUCACAACCUUCUGACCAUGCCCUGUCACGGCACCAAUCUCACUACACUGGUCUGUCUCCCCUACAAGGCUGUGAAGCCAGAGAUCGUUGAUCUUAGUCAUAGUUGUAUCACCACGGUAUAUAGUAGAGGUUCAAUAAAUAUUUAUUGAUUUAAUGAAUGGCCUUUCCACCUCUGGACACACCAGGCCUCAUCACUGUCUGCAUUUUCCCCUGCAGUUGGCUCAGGCUCCAGACUCACCCUCGCCUUCCAGCAAGGCUUUCUGGCGGCAUAUUGCUGGGUCUGAGCUAAGCCCCAUGAGAAGACAGCAGUGGAGGAAGCAAGACUCUGUGGCUCUUUGCCUAGCCUGCCCCAUUCCCCUCACUGCAGACCCAGGUCUGCCUCUCGCCAAACACACCAGCUCUGGUCCUGGAUGGCAUCCCCCUUAGUCCUGCCUCCUUUCUUCUUCUGGAGAACACUGAAGGAAACCUAAUGGUUGCCUUUACUUAAAAAAGAUAUUAUUUUAAUAUAUUCUUUUGAGUAGGUAACAUAUGCACAUGGUACAAAAUUCAAAACGCACAGAAGGAUGAAUGUUGAGAAAUAAGUCUUUCCUAUUCCUGCCCUCCUCUGCCUCACAGCAACCCCGUCAGAGGUCACCAUAGUUACCCCUUUCUUGUGCAGUCUUCCAGAAAUAAUUUAUAUUAGCACAAAUAAACAAACAUAUAUAAGCUCUUUUUUUUCCACUCAAAUGGAAGCAUUCCAUACAUGCCGCUCUGUACCUUUUUUGAGUUAACACGAGGUUGUGAAGAUGAUUCUGUGUAAGUCCAUAAAAAGCCUUUUUCUUUGUCAUGGCUGCAUACUAUUUCAUUGGAUGAAAUUGUGUCAUAACUGAUUGGACUGGUCCCCUACUCUUGGACAUUAAGGUUGUUUCCAAUCUUUUGAUAUUGUAAACAUGCUGCAGUUAAUAACCUUGAACUUCUAUUAUUUCACUCAUGGGCCAGCAUAUCUAUAGAAUAAAAUCCUAGAAGUGGAAUUUCUGGGUCAAAAAGUCUAUGUAUUUGUCAUCUUGGUAUCCACCAUCAGAGUGGCUUCCACAGAAGUGAUGCCCACUUACCCACAGCCUUGCCAAUAUUGUGUUAACAGAUGCUUUGAAUUUUACCAUUUGAUAGGUGACAAGUGGUAUCUCAGUGUAAUUUGACUUUGCAUUUCUCUUUUUAAAAAAAUCAUAGUAAAAUCCACAUAUCAAUAUUUAUAUCCUAGCCAUUUUCAAAUAGAGUUCAGUACUGUUAAGUAUAUUCACAUUGUUGUGCAACUGCAUUUCUCUCUUUUAAAUCACAAUAUUUAGUCUUGCCAGCUUAGUGCCAGGUCCAGCUUGGGGCAGACUGCUCCCUGGUGGUGGGGAGACAGUAAUGUAAACAGGCAAGACCAGCGUUACCAGAGCUGGGUCUGAGAUAGCACUGGAAGCUGGGGAGUUGGGGGAGAUGCUCCAGGAAGGUUCCAUGGAAGAGGUGACCCAGGAUGACCCCUGAAGCAAGGGAAGGUCUUCCAGGCAGAGGAACUUGUGUGAGCAAAAGUCCAGAGGCCUGAGAGAUUCAGGUGUUUUCUAGGAACAGCAAGAAACGUUCCUGAGAGCCAGCGUGAGGAGUGGGGGUGACGAGAUCAAAGAAGUCAUGGUCUUGGACUGAAGGGCCUUGAAGGCCACUGUUAGGACUUUGUCUUUGGAGAAUGGCAAGUUUGGGGCAAAGGAGGGCAAAGAUCAAAGGUUGGAAUUAAACUCACAGGCAAGUGGCAGGGUUCAGGUAAGAAAUGGCAGACUGAUGAGGAAUGACUGUGAAACAUUCAGAACGAAGCCCCUCCGCAUCUGAGGGACGGAACAGAAGAUGGUAGGGGGUGGUGUGAGGGUGGAUUCCCAAAGGAGAUGCCUUCCCUGGGAAGGGGACAGUGGUCCUUGGGGGCUGGCUUGGGUUACAAGGCGAGACGCCUGAACAGCCAAAGGGCGGAGACGUGGGGGAAGCCACAGCCUGGGACCUCAGACUGUGAGAUUUCCCAGCCGGCCGCCGGGACCCGGAGAUCCCAGGCCAGAGAUCGCAGGCGGAUCAGACCCCCUUUCCCGCCCGCCUCUGGGCGGCUGCGGAUCUCUAAGCCCCGCCCCGCAGGCCUCGCCCCUACGGGUAAGGGAAGGGAAGGGCCGGACGCCCUCCCUCCUCCGCUCGUUCUCUGCGGGGGAGGGGCGUGAGGAAGCGCAGGGGGCGGGGAAGGAUGAGCCGGCGUCGCCCUGGCAACUAGGCCGGUGGUCCGCCCUGGAGGGAAGGAAGGAGAAAGCGAGAGAGGGAGGCACUGUGGGCCCUGCGCGGGAGCCUGGGUCUCCAGGGAGGAGUUGGGGAACACCGGGCAAUUCUCACUGUUGGUUCCCGGUGGCGCAGGGAGCCCGUGUGUUUGCGAGUGACUCCGCGCUCUUCUCGCUGGCCGCCCUCGGAAUCGCCGGCCGCCGCCACCCAGGCUGCACCCCCCGUCCCCCCAGUACUUGGGCACCUGUUGGAGGCACAGAGCCAGGGGUGCUGCAUGAGGGGCCGCAGGGGCGACCGUAUGACCAUCAACAUCCAAGAGCACAUGGCCAUCAACGUGUGCCCUGGGCCCAUCCGGCCCAUCCGCCAGAUCUCUGACUACUUCCCCCGCCGGGGACCAGGACCCGAAGGGGGUGGCAAGGGCUCCGGGGAGGCCCCUGCUCACCUGGCCCCCCUGGCCCUGGCCCCCCCUGCAGCCCUCCUUGGGGCCACCACGCCCGAGGAUGGUGCUGAGGUGGACAGCUAUGACUCGGAUGAUACCACCGCCCUGGGCACGCUGGAGUUUGACCUUCUCUACGACCAGGCCUCCUGCACUCUGCACUGUAGUAUCCUCAGGGCCAAGGGUCUGAAGCCCAUGGAUUUCAAUGGCCUGGCCGACCCCUAUGUCAAGCUGCAUCUGCUGCCUGGAGCCUGCAAGGCCAAUAAGCUAAAAACUAAGACUCAGAGGAACACGCUGAAUCCUGUGUGGAACGAGGACCUGACGUACAGUGGAAUCACAGAUGAUGACAUCACUCACAAGGUGCUCAGGAUCUCUGUCUGUGAUGAAGACAAGCUGAGUCACAAUGAGUUCAUCGGGGAGAUCCGUGUACCCCUCCGCCGCCUCAAGCCUUCACAGAAGAAGCAUUUUAACAUCUGCCUUGAGCGCCAGGUCCCGCUGGCUUCACCCUCUUCAAUGUCGGCAGCGCUGAGGGGGAUCUCCUGUUACCUGAGGGAGCUGGAGCAGGCAGAGCAGGGGCCGGGGCUACUGGAAGAGCGCGGGCGCAUCCUGCUGAGCCUCAGCUAUAGCUCUCAGCGCCAGGGGUUGCUGGUAGGCAUUGUGCGCUGUGCCCACCUGGCUGCCAUGGAUGUCAAUGGCUACUCGGACCCCUAUGUCAAGACGUACCUGAGACCAGAUGUGGAUAAGAAAUCCAAGCACAAAACAUGUGUGAAGAAGAAGACUCUAAAUCCGGAAUUUAAUGAGGAGUUUUUCUACGAGAUGGAGCUCUCCGCUCUGGCUACCAAGACUCUGGAAGUCACAGUCUGGGACUAUGACAUUGGCAAAUCCAACGACUUCAUCGGUGAGGGAGGAGCCCAGUUGGGUGGGGCUGAUGGAGGGCAGACUGGCAGUGAGAUGGGCUCUGACUUUGCCUGCCCCUACCUACUCCCCAGGUGGCGUGUCCCUGGGGCCAGGCACCCGGGGAGAGGCCCAGAAGCACUGGAGCGAGUGUCUGCAGCAGCCGGAUACAGCCCUGGAGCGCUGGCACACCUUAACCAGUGAGCUGCCCGCAGCGGCCGGGGCUCUGCCUUCAGCCUGUGUGAGACAGUAGCUGCCCAGCACAGGCCCCUCAGGGCUGGGUCCAAUACCCAACCUUCGCACGGGUGUGUUGCACGUUUACACGGGGUGGAUGCCCCACCCCGCACUACCUGUCUUAUUUCGUGAGACUCUCCGUGACCAUGGGUCAGUCUGUCUUGUGAGGGACUGUGGAGAUCUAUAUUCACA